AUGGCUAGAUACUCGAUGCCAGUGUCUGUAUGACACGCAUCGAACCUUGUGGUCCAUGGCUUUCGUUUUCAAGUUUCGAUAUAAAGCCUAUCGAUAUCUCUCGAUGACGAUCUUACACUAGCAUGUCUCGCUCUUGAAAUCAUCCUUCCAUCUAAGGUUUUCUGAGAUGUCUAACCUUUCGUUUUGAUUAGAUCCUCAGAAUUAUACUAUCUCUGUUUGCACCGAAAGCGCUGUGCAUUCAUUAACCAUGCACGCUGCUCGUGCCCAGAAGCAUCGCUUCUUAUCCAUUCAAUGAUUACAAGGUGCAUCUUUGUAUCUCACCAAGCACACUCUCCUUCUGAACACAACUGUCAAUCGACCAACUUUAGUCACUCCCUUCUAUGUCAGAGUAUAUCGACAUACCUCGCGACCUUCAGAAACUCCGUGUACCCUCUUCUUCGUAUGGCAGACGCGACGAUGGUCCAUACCCAACAAAUGCACCUGCACCUCAUGUCACUCGAGUGAGCUAUGGGUCGACAAUGGGGAAUCGACCCAGCUGGAAUUCAAACUUCUUCCCUUCUACAAAUCGACCGCCUUCACAACCUCUUGGUCCUCGUCAGGUAUCCUCUUCGGUUUCUGGCCCCGCGUCUUCUCAAUCUCCACCUCCGCCUGGUGGUAAUCCUCCACCGCGACCUUGGGCGGCAAAGCAGAGUUUUGACACCAACUUCCCAGAUCCCGCACGUCUUCGUCCAAGUAUUCAAGCACCGACGUACAUCGAGCCGCCCAGCCAAUACGCCAAUGAUCAAAGCUGGGUUUCAGUUCAUCCAAAUGCACCUCGAGGUAAUGCGCCCCUUCGCAUUGAUAUUCCCGCCCCGCAAACGGAAUCCGGUCACCGUACCUCAGAGAUGGAUGGGGUGCCUCGCUCUUCACAAGGAGAGUAUAAUACACAGUCCCAGGCCCUUUCUCACCCUUCUCACUGGGAAACGGAGGAGGGUUCAGUUGGGGAGGAACCGGAGAGCGGUUCAGAUGGGGAAGUAGCGGAGAAUAUGACGAUUGAUCGCGAUGCAAGGGAAGAGUACCCGACCCCGCAUACGAAUCCAAUCGUCGAUUCCAUGUACCAGAUGGAAGGAAACGUCUGGACGCCGCCGGAAAAAGCAAAGAAGAGUAGAGGGUUCCCCUUCGGGGGAUUCAUGUCAAAGUUGAGGAAGAAACCAAAGAAUGCGCCGUUUGAGCCUCAGAACCCUCCAUCUCCUCCCCUUGCAGGUCCCCCCUAUACUAGUACACCACUUACGAAAUCUCCCCUUGGGAGUCCUUCCCGUCCAGUUCGUAUGCCUUCAUCACCGCCUAAGAAACCUGCGAUCACCCCGCUCCAGCCGACAAAUGCUCCGCAGCGCACUCCAUCUCAGAACCAAAGGCAACGUCAGAAUUGGUAUACAUCUCAUCAGGAGGACGUUCGCAGCCCACCAAUCCUACAAGAGAGAAUAGAACUACCAAAGUCUAAUACGCCUACUGGAUCCGUCAGUACAUCUACAAGGUCAUCGCAGGUUAUGCCUAUUCCGAGGCCCGCGCCGGAACCCCCCUUAGAUCUCCCCAACCCUCACGAGUCGCAGCUCGUCACAGCAGAUCCCGACACCAUCGCGGAACCUAUCCAGGUGCAUCCACAACACGCACCAGAUUAUGACCAAAUGUCGCUACCUGAGGAAGACUCUCGUGAUGAUUCCUUUGGGACACAAAUGUAUCGAUUUGGACAAUUCGUGAUGGAUUUGAUUCAUCUGCCGUGGAUGGCUAAACCUGCCACGGUGAACUACGAUCCUAGACAGUCUUCACGAGCACGUUUGGGUAAACCUGCUAAGUCAUGGUAUACUAAGCCAGGACAAGAGAAGGUUGACUUGCUAGCCACCCCAAAAACAUCGAGACCUCCACCACGCCCUAAGGCACAACGCCCUCCACGUUCUAUGUCGCAACGUCCACCACGUCCAUCACGUUUGCAAUCUCGCGCUGCUUCGCAUUCACGGCAUCACCGGCACCACCGUUCUCCGACGAGCAUUGACGCUGUGACCGCUAUUAGACCCACUCGAACCCCAAUGACCGCAACCAGCGCAGGAAUGGUGCCGACAUCUCCAGGUGCUUCAUCGCAUGGUCACGGACACCAUUCAUACACAUGCAGUUAUUAUUAUAAUCAUGAUGGACCUCGGCCGUUAUAUCUCUAUCCCUCGGCGGUGGCUCCUAAGGCUCCGGGGGGAGAGGAGGGCGCGAUGGCAAAGCCAGAUAUAACACAAGUUCAGCCCGUCUACAUCAUUGCGGCGGGCCCUCCUGACUGUAGACAUCAUUCGCACCGUCAACAUGCAUUGAAGCCGUCGUCUCCAAACCGUGGAAUUCGUAUGCCGUCGCCGCAGACAGUCCGCACAGAUCUUCUCUCAUAGAUUACCCUAACUAGGAAUGUAGCACACGAAAGAUUAUGUAUCAGUUGUUUAUUCCGCUAUCUUAUCCAUGAACCCUAUUGUG